AUGGAUCCGGAGGUAUCACCUGUAAUAAAUGCAGCGAGAAAAGUUCCUGUAGCAAUAAAAGGUCGUUUAAAGCUUGAAUUAGAAGAUAUGGAGAAGCAAGGAGUUAUUCGUAAAGUGGACAGACCGACUAACUGGGUCAACUCAAUUGCAAUAGUGGAGAAACCAGGCACGGGGAGACUACGAAUAUGCCUACACCCGAAGCAUCUAAAUGAAGCGACAAGACGGGAACAUUUCCAAUUACCAACGGUAGAAGAAAUAGCUUCUCGGGUAUCGGGUGCGAAAGUGUUCUCCAAACUAGAUGCAAGACAUGGUUAUUGGCAGAUACCAUUGGAUGAGCCAAGCCAACUUCUAACGACGUUCAGCACACCAUUUGGCAGAUAUUGUUUCACGAGAAUGCCUCUCGGCAUUAAAUCUGCGCAGGAAGUUUUCCAGAAGAGAAUUUCGCAGCAUCUUGAUGACCUCGAAGGCGUAGCCACUGAGAUUGAUGACAUACUCAUUUGGGGAUCCGAUGAACAAGAGCACGACGCACGAUUAGAAGCCACCUUACAACGAUGUGAAGAAAUAAACCUCACAUUAAAUGCAGACAAGUGCAAGUUCAAUGUGAAUGAAGUAUCGUAUUGUGGUCACAACUUCACGAAAGACGGUGUGAAACCUGACGAGUCGAAGAUUAAAGCAAUUCAAGAUAUGCCAACACCCUCUUCGAAGAAGGAGAUUGAAAGAUUACUUGGAACUGUAAAUUACUUAGCAAAAUUUGUACCUAACCUAGCAACGAUAACAGCGCCAAUCAGAGAACUGCUGAAGAAAGAUAUCGAGUUCUAA